GAUUUUGUAGCUCGUCAUGUAAUCUUAACAUUAUCAAGUAAUUUUUGAUCUGGAUGUUCAUCUUAUGUACUGUUUGUGCCUUGAAUCUCUGGUCUUUAGGGUCAAAAUUCAUGUCUUGAUUAUCGUUUAACAUCUUAGCCUGACGUUUUGUCUUGUUUAAAGUGGAUAUAUGCUAUUUUCUUGUCUGUUGUUAUUGUUGGGAUGCUAUCAUAACUGUCGAGAUAGCAUCAUUGAUAGGACUACCUCUUGAGGUCCUUUGGCUUCUCAAAUGCCAAAAGGAUGAUGAGAAAACGUCCAACAGUAAAAUUAGAAAAUCCUAUGAUUCUCCGAUGACCAUGUGAUAUGUACCAACAAAAUUAAUCUUGGGCUUGCUAGAAAAUCAAACAAAGGGCAACAAAAUUAAUCUUGUGGUUGAUUUUGUUCCAACAAAAUUAAUCUUGGGCUUGCUAGAAAAUCAAAAAAUAAAAAGAGAAAGAAGUGUUCUUGUUCUUGUUCUUGUUCAUGGCCGAGAAACUUGUAGUGUUCUUGUUGUAGUCUUGCCCAAAAUUUGCGAAGUCUAGGUCUUGGAUUUCUUUGUUGUUAUUGUUGUUUCUUGAUUCACUAACACUAAAGGUAUAUAGAUCUAUAUUUGAGCUUAAAAACUUGUUAAUGUUGUGUUGUGAACAAAGACCUAGACUGAAAUUUGUGGACUUGUUAUGGAGGUUGGAGUGCGCGUUGAAGGUGUUAUUAUUGUUGUUCUUGAAAAGUUGUUGUGUUCUUGUUGUUCUUCAUCACUUCUCUUAUCUUGACCAACUUAAAGUAGUUAAUAGAUCUAGAAAAGGUGAAGACAAAGUUGGAAGACUUGUUGGUGAAAGGACUAGCUCAUAUCACUCUUGACUUGAGAACAACUUUUUCAACCACUUUCCUUGUUUCUAGGAGUCUUGUUUUGUGGAAAACUAGUACAAGUCUAAUCUCACCUUUUUGAGUUGAAUUUGAAAAGAGUUACAAGACUUGUGUUUUUUUAUCCAAAUACUAAUUGUUUUCCAUUCCAAAGGUAUAAGGACUAAAAAUUCCAAGAAUGGUGAUUAAAACUUGUGUGGCCCCGUGACCAAUUAGGGGGUGACACAUCACCAAUUACUGUUCACAUGACAAUUUUUAAGCUCAAAUUUGAUCUUCUAGUUUCAUUUUGUUGUUUCUUUUGUUGAUUCCAAUACUAACUUACAAGCUAGUAACCACUUACUAGAUUGUGAGUUGGUUUGAAACCGUUCUUUGUGUUUACGUCCUUGUGUAUUUUUUUUCUAUUUUGGCAUCGUUGUAAACAUUGAAAUUCACCCCUCAACACCUCACGGAGUACAAGCAAGUAUACAACACUUGUGAGAUUAAGUGUGAGGAAUCCGAGAACAAAGAAAUAAAGAGAGAGUGUGAGAACCUUUCUUUUACAAUUAACCCGUUUAUUGUUUUGUAGUGAAACUUCUUGGCUAAAUUCAAUUGAGCCAGAUGAGACUGAAGGCAAAUCUCAAGAUGAAGAGGAAGCCAAGGUGCAAAAUGAAGACGUUGUCCAAGACUUGAAAUUGUUGUGUUCUCGGUUUCUUCUUAUUUUGUGGACUGUUUUGGAGCCAUUUUCAUUUGGCUAAUGCCAUGAAUUUGAGGUCAAAUUCCUCUCAAGAUGGAGAGGAUGAUACAAGCACGAUCAUGAAAAUGAACGUUUUUGAGUAUUUUGGAUGUAACCUCGGAGGUGUACGAGUUGAAGUGUUAAAAAGGGCUCCAAACCGCCCCUAAAAACACUUCAUGGGUGCCUAUUUGCCUACUUGGUCAUUAAAUGGUCUUUUUGUCAUUUUAUCUUUUUAUUUGUAAAGUAUUAUAAAUAGAACAAUAUAGGGUUUUAGUUUAUUAGUUUUUGUUGGAUAUUGUUGAAAGAACACAUCUCUUGAGAGAGAGGGUCUCUAGGCCUAAACUAGGACAUGAACAAGUGUGUAUCCACUUGUGAUUGUGUAUUGCUUGGAAACAUUGGUGCUUGAGCAAUGGAAUCCCUCUUGUGUCACGUAAGAGUGUGGUGUUGCUAUUAUAAGUCUUAGAGUCCUUAGAUUUAGUAUUUCUUUGGGUUCUUAACCUUGUAAUAGUGUAUGUCUCACUUCCUAUCUUUACAUAUCAUGUACUAGUUGUGAGGUCUAGUGAACCGUUUGAUUCUUGUUGUUCUUGUAAUCUUGUAACCGUUGGAUUGUUGUUAUUAUAGUGUUGUUCCUCUCGUUAUUGUUGUUUAUCUCUUGUUGUUGUUAGUGCUUUUGGUGUCAUUUACACCUUGUUUCUUGAUGUUGUUGGAACAGAGAUUUGGUGUUCGUUGAGCUCUCAAGUUACCCUUUGUUUGUGGACUAUUUUUGGCUUGUUUUUGAUACGUACCAAAUUUGUAUCGUAUCAAAGUGUGAGGGACAAUUUUUUUUUUUUUAAGUUUUUCCAUUCUAACAACUUGUUCCAGUUGUAGAACAACUUUGGUAGUUGUUCGACAACUAGGCGCAGUUGUCGAACAACUACUAAAGUUGUUCAACAACUAGGUGCAGUUGUUGUUCGACCAAAGUUGUUGCCUAGUUGUUGAACAACUAGGCGUAGUUGUUCAACAACUGAGAGAAGUUGUUCAACAACUGCGUAAAGUUAUUCAGACAACUAAUGUAGUUGUCCAAUAACUACCCCAGUCGUUCAAGGAAUUUAGUUUUUUUUAAAAGAAUUUAAUUUUUUUAAGGAACAAGUUUGUGGACCCACUUGUCCCUUCUGUUAAUUGGAAACUUGGAAGACCUUCUGGCUCAUUUUUCUCCAUUUUCUUUUGUCUCACUCUUCUUCUUCCCUACUAAAACCUCUUACCUUCCCUCUCUUUAACCCCCCAUUUUCUCACACCAUGGCUCUCCUUGUUGAGAAGACAAACUCUGGGCGUGAGUACAAGGUCAAGGACAUGUCUCAGGCUGACUUCGGCAGGCUCAAAAUCGAGCUUGCUGAAGUCGAAAUGCCUGGUCUUAUGGCUUGUCGUACUGAAUUUGGACCUUCACAGCCUUUUAAAGGUGCAAAGAUUACUGGAUCUCUACACAUGAAUAUUUCAACUGCGGUGCUUAUUGAGACUCUUACUGCUCUUGGUGCUGAAGUUAGAUGGUGUUCUUGUAACAUCUUCUCCACCCAAGAUCACACCGCGGCUGCCAUAGCCAGGGAUAGCGCCGCGGUGUUUGCUUGGAAGGGUGAGACUUUGCUGGAGUAUUGGUGGUGUACGGAGAGAGCACUUGAUUGGGGUCCAGGUGGUGGACCUGAUUUGAUUGUGGAUGAUGGUGGUGAUGCUACGCUGUUGAUUCAUGAGGGUGUUAAGGCUGAAGAGGAGUUUGCCAAG